AUGGCAACGAGCCCAGCACCUGGACAACGCAAGGGCGUCUGGGAACCAUUACCUCUCAUUGUCUACGGUUACGCCGUCCAUGCCCUGUCCCAAUCCCGAAGAGACACUCGCAUCUCCAAUCGCACCAGACUCUCCACUGUCACAGAAGCAUCCAACGACGAGAAUGGCGUACACAGGGACGUCGUCUCCCUCGAAGUCGGCGACGAGGUCUAUGCUUUCGAAAAGUAUACUCCACGCGGGAAAGAGGUCGAAGGCAUCUGGUACAGAGGAUAUGUCGUCUGUACGACCCGUCGUCCACCUGUCACUUGGGCUGCGUCACUUGACCCUUCAUGUUCGAACAAGACGCCAGUCAAAACGGAAGAGCCCCAACAGGUCUUCAUUGGCAUCUUCCCCGCCUCUCAUAUAUACGUCCGCGACGAACUCUCAGAUGCAGAAGGACGCUUACCUGACCUCGCUACCGCACUCACCCCCAAUACUGCCUCCACGAAUGGUUUAGUAAAUACGCCAUCAGACAUGUCGCCUCAGCUCAAACAGGAUAGAACUACCACCGUCCCCGACUCAGCCAAGGGAGACAUGGAAGACGAGAGAAAGUCGUUCAAACUCGGCCCUCCUCCCGAUCAAGCCAAGUCUUCACGAGCAGGCCUGACAGUCUACCCUGCAAGCAUACAUUCUUCCUCCCAUGACUCUCAAGCACUAAAACCACUUCCUCCACGCCCUUCUCUCAAAUCGGGCGACGACACCGCGUCAGGAAGCAGUCAGCCCAUCAUCGAUGAGAUUGCGUCCGCACUUCGCGAAUGGCACAACUUAAUGUUCCAGUACCUUGCCCGGCGCGAUUACAAGCUCUUUCAUACCGUGCGUGAACAUAUAGAAGCCCUCCACCUUGGGCGGCGGCAGCUCCUUGCGCAGACGCUUAGUUCGGAGGAGACGGCUAGUCUCCGACGGGACUGUGUUGCACAGCUCGUGAGUGGGAAUGUAGUACAAGGUCUCGACAUCAUUGUACGUCACCCAAGCUGGGGCGCGCUGGUGAGUGUCGACGUCGAGGGCGAGCUCGACAUUCAAAGCUGGAUGAGUGCUGUGAGGAUGUAUGCUAUGCAGACAUCAUUGGCAUAUAUGAAUGUUCCCAAUGAGCACCUCAAUUCCUCCAGACACAACCUCGGCCCAUCGAUCGAUUACUCCUCGGCCCCCAUACCUACACCUGCGCAUUCUGCCUUCCCAGAAUUGUCGCGUCUCAGGACAAACUCUCGCCUCAUGGGCUCUCUUGCACCGCCUCAACCUGAGAGGCAAGCAACAGCCAAAUUUUACCACAUAUUCCUCGACUUGCGCGCUUUUGUCGCGUCCCCAUGUGCGCCAGGCGAGACUGCAGAGCUAUACUUCUCGUUGUGCAAAAAUUCGGAAUAUCCCCGAUUCGUUACCGAAGACCGCUGUGUCAUACUGAACCACAAUGGAGUACUGGCGCGCGAUCCUGCAGCACGUAUACGGACACUGUUUACUGACAUUUCCAUCUCGGAUGCGCAAGAUCCGAUGUUCCUUGUAUGUCGCAUUGUCAGGAACGGUGCGAUGAAGAUGGGGACCAGUAUGGGUUCAGGGCUUCCUGGUGAUAAUGGCAGACGAACUUCAGAGGCUUCUAUCAGGGAGGAGGUGACCUUGAGCCCGACGACCCCAGUCAGUGCACGAGGAUUCGCGGCCGAUCCUCCUUUAUUUUUCCGACGUCCGUUUGGAUGCGCAGUCCUAGAACUUACGCAGCUUAAUAAGAUGAUGUCGGAGCAAGUUGAUGUAUCUCCCACGAAGGAGUAUACGAUGCCUAUUUACGUACCAACUAACGAAGCCCUAUUUUCCAUGCUACAUCAAGAUAUCAUCGCCAAAAAUACCAAAGAGUAUGAGAAGUCACCUAGGGCUGAAAUGCUGGCUGUUUCCAUCAAGAUUUUCCACGGCGAUGCAGCAACCAUUGUUCGCGAGAACAUGUCUUUAUUGCAGGACAUACCACUCACUCUGCGCCUGGGCUUUCCUGACGUCGUGUUCCCGGGAGAUGUUCGAAACGAACUUUAUAUUAAACUAUGGAGUGGAGAUUUCUCAUCCACCCAUACGGGCUCAUCACGCCUUAGUAUGGCUAAUCUAAACUUUGCGCGUCCAGGGCCCGUCAACAACAACAACGUGCAAAUGACCAUCGAAAUCAGGGAUCAGGAUGGGCGAGCAAUCGAGAAAGCCAUAUCGCAAGGGAGCGGUGAACCCGAAGUGACACAGUUCCACUCCAUAGUUUUCACGCGCAACAAUCAGCCAACAUUUGGAGAACUCAUUAAGCUACAGCUCCCGCUCCAGGGCGUGCCCAACUGGCAUUUGUUCUUCACUUUCCGCCACAGAACUGGGAGAGAAAAAUUGUACGCGAAAACGACAGAGGUCGUGGAUCGACCGUUUGCGUUUGCUUUCCAGCCACUGUACCCAGCCCAGGGAGCCUUUCUCGAAGAUGGUAGCCACACACUAGUUCUUUAUAAGGCUGACCGGUUGAGCCACAUAACACCAGAUUUAUAUCUUGGUUUGACACCAUGGUUGCUCCCAAAUCAGAGGCCAGAACAAGUUUAUGUCCCUCCCGAUCUGCAGAGGGUAGCACUUCCCAUGCGGGAUACCGUCACCAUCCGAUCGUCUCUAUGUUCUACCAAGUUCACACAAAACCCCGUCCUAUUGAGCCUUUUGAAUUGGGAACAGAUAACGAAUACAGAGCUGCUCUCUACUGUUUUGACCAAGUUCACUUUUGUUGGGGAGGGCGAGAUCGUCAAGUUCCUUCGUGAUAUCUUCGAUUCGCUUUUUGGGAUUUUGGUCUCUCAUAACAAUCAGUCUGGAGAGAUAGAUCAUUUGGUUUUCAAUGCGCUGGUGACUGUACUGCGUAUUGUCCAAGACCGCCGUUUCAGCAACUUCCAGCCAGUGCUAGAUGUUUACAUCGAGAAACACUUCAACUGUGCAGCAGCCUCCUCUCACAUGAUACACUCAAUGGACCGUCUUCUCCGGAAUCCCACCGGGAACGAUACUGCCUCGCCGUUGCGCGCUGCCCUCAAGGUCUGGCACUAUAUCUUCAAGUUCAUUACACGCUCUCGCGAACUACAGAAAGCCACAGAACUUGGUAUGGGAAUCGGGCCUACAGCGGAAUACUUGGAAUCGACUUUCAAGCGUGAGAUACGCAAUCAUCUUAACGAGGUUAACCGGAUGAUGGCCACAUCGUCUCCUCUAUCCAUUAUCGGGACCCAAACAAUUGCCCUUCAACACUUCACGUCGAUACUGCCAGACCUAUCCAGUGUAUUCUCCACCGUAGAGCUCGUGACCAUAGCAAGCAACUUUGCCAAAGCAGUUUCAUCUGGAAAAGGCAAGAUUGUGAUCUGGAAACUCAUCAUGUACCUCCAGAUCGUCAAGAGUUUCUUGUUUGACCAUCCACAGUCUCGUGCACUUUUAGUGGAAGCUGUCGUUAUCUGGAUUAAGCCCCACUUUGGUCGGUUUGAUGAGUACACACAAACUCAUCUGAAUGAUUCGGACAAUGCUCGUGAUUCUGCACGCGUCAGUUGGUUGGAAAGUAUCAGGCUAUGUGUCACGGUUACGGCGGUAAUGUUAGAUAAACUGCAACAACAGCUGGUAUCCCCUGCUAUCACUGCCGAUCGCAAUCUUUUACGCCAGGAACAAGAUAAUGUCGAAUACCUUUUGACGCUUAUGCCGAGGUUGUUAGACUCGUAUCGCGAAUUCCAGGAUCCCGCCAAUCAUCGUGCUGUUGAGCGUACUCGGUCGCCUACAAUGUCCAUUGCGACAGUUCCGGUUACAUUCCCAGAGUCUUAUCCCUUUUCGCUAAUGGCACUCCUUCCUAAUGCGCCUCGGAAUGCUACAAGUGCAUCGCUCCUUUGCGAGAAUAACUCUGUGUUCAACCCCGGCCUCGGUGAAACCGCCAUUGUCUUCUUGGUGCUGGUUUUGUCUGCGCCCACCAAGCAUAUAUACAACUUCCUGGAAUCUAGUUUUGAAAUCGAGGGUAGAGACAACUUUGCAUCCUUGCUAUCUCAGUUCUUCAAGGUCUCAGCGUCGAUACUGGAGAACGAUGCUUUCCCUGGUAGUUGGCUCAACGUUAAUAUCUUAGCGCAUAAAGUUCUUAUCAAAAUGAUGGAUCCUGUCGCAACACUGUUGAAGAGAGACUUCAUACCAUCGAAAUUGUCAUUUCAAAAAUUCAAUGCCAACUUAUGGAAAGAGGCGUUUUACAUGCUCCUCCGACUUUUGUCUUCGGAUCAACUGGUUAUCGAGGAGUUUAGUCCGCAGAAACGUCGUGCCGUGUGGCGUCUUGGUGGCGAUAUUCGGGGAGAAGGGGCUGAUAUCUUGUUACGUCUUUGGAUAGCGCUCGGAUGGCCAGAAAACUCCACUCCUGAUUCGGAAUUAGCUCUGACUUUUGGCGAAUAUCAAGCUCCUUUAAGUCCACUGGUCGGGCAUGUGGUUAAUCUCUGUCUUAGCCAUCAUGAUCAGCUGCGCAAUAACGCCGUUCAAAUACUGUUUGGUAUGAUCGUUUCCGAAUAUCAACAAUACAAUAACUUCGACCAAAUCGAGAAUGAGCUUGUCAACAAGCUGGACUCUUUGUUUAUGUCGGAUAGUAAAGGCGACGACAUAUCUCGUGCUUUCUUCAUUGCGCAGCUUAGGCACCUUUUCGAGACCUCCGAUGUUGACGAGCAGCUCCGGGAACGUGUAGCACUUUUCCUUGAUUCGGUAGACCUUUUCCUUAAACUACUGUUGAGCGUGCGUCAGCUACCUGAUGGUGACGAGUAUGCGGAUGACCGUGUCAUUGCUACGCUCCGUCUGAUGAAUUUCAUUCGGCGAAUUGGACGUGAUGAGAUUUACAUCAAAUACGUCCACCAGCUAGUUAAUAUGCAUCUCCAAUCUCAAAAUUACGUGGAAGCUGCUCUUACACUGAAGCUACAUUCUGAUCUGCACGAGUGGGAUCUACACACUUUUGUUGACCCUAUGGAAGAUCUAGGGUUGCCGCAGCAAUCACAAUUCCAUCGUAAAGAGACGCUCUGCUUAUUGAUUUUAGAUUACCUAGGCAAGGGGAAGGCAUAUGAAAACGCGAUCGAGAUAUGCAAGGAACUGGCAAAGCAGCAUGCCGAAGUUACCUUCAACUAUGCUCGGUUGUCAGAGAUUUUGCGCCAUCAAGCCGCUCUUCUCGAACAUAUCAUUACUGACCAGCGAUAUUAUUCUGACUAUUUCCGUGUAUCAUUCUAUGGCGACUUUCCAGAUGCUAUACGAAAUAAGCAAUUUAUCUAUCGUGGAUAUGAAUGGGAAAAAUAUGGUGCCUUCUGCGAACGCAUGCUCAACAAACAUCCCGGAGCCCAACUGCUUAAAACGAUGGGAGAUCCGCCGGUAGACAUACGAUUUGGGAACACCCAAUAUAUACAAUGCACUGCAGUGGCACCAGAACCAAAUCGUUUGUCCCCCAUCUUUACUAGUCCUGAUGUUCCGCUUGCAGUUCGGAAUUAUUAUGAGCAUUGCGCCAUCGAUUUGUUCAGCUGUUCUAACAAGGUCGUCAAAGCUGGACGUGAUGGUGACGAAGAAGUGUGGUUAGAAAAGGCGUACUUCACUACAGAGGAAGCCUUUCCUACUGUUCUUCGGAGAUCAGAAGUCGUAGCUUUGGAGAUGCUUGAUAUCUCUCCCGUUGAAAACGCCUUGAACGAGAUAGAGCAGAAGACCAGAGAACUCGCUGCCCUCAAUCUCAGGUACUCGUCACUUGCAAAAACGACUCAAACAAUACCGACGAAUCCGUUAUCUAUGAGCUUGAACAGUGCAGUGGAUGCACCGGUAGAGGGUGGCAUAUCAACAUACCGAGAAACCUUCUUUGAUCCUACUUACGUCACCAAAUACCCGGAAAGGGCAGAGCUAGUUGAAAAGUUACGCAUUGCCAUAGACGAUCAGGUCCGCAUCAUUGAUAGCUGUCUAAAGCUACAUGGUCAGCUUUGUCCCCCUGAGAUGCUUCCUUUCCACGAAACCCUCGAGAAGUUCUUCCGGAAAAACUUCCAGGAAGAAAUCCGCCGCUUAGCCAUGGACACAGGUUCCGAACAAGUCCCCGUAUCACCCACGUCAAGAUCGUACCUUCCCUCUGCGCCAUCACAAUACCAGGGGUCAACGCAAGAUCAAUCUUCACUUCAGCGCUCGAUGUCAAACGCCUCAUCCACACGAUCUCCGUUCGUGAUUCCCCCGUUACAGUUAGGCAUUCAGACUCUCACCUCACCCCUCCUGACACCCCAAUCACCCCGUAACUUUUUGCCCCUGGAGAACCCUAUGAGGACUAAGCAAACGCCGCUUCAGCAACAUCUCGCUCAUCUUACUCGGCACGGCUUGACCGGCGUCUCUUCUGGGCCUCGCGAAACCAGCGGAAGUGAUGGAGAAGCAGAAUCGCUUCAUGACUCUCUGAUCACCGUAGGUAACGGCGCUUCAGCUGUCGGACUAUCAGGUGCAUCAGUAGCUGCCUCUAAUGUAGGUAGCCUAGGCUCUAUCAAAGGGCGCCUCUCCAGAUUUGGAAGUCUAAACUUUAGUCGUCGUGGUGGUUCAUAAUCUUUUCAGAAUUUACUUUCUUUUUAGUGUGUUUCUACAUUACAGGUUCGAUGAUAUGCUGGAUGAUCUGAAUGACUCGCUGUAGCUUUCACACUUUCUUUUUUUACAACACUAUAUUUGCAUACUUGCUAAUAACAAUUUUUCCGUAAGAGGAGGAUACCCAAGAUGAAAAGAAAUGCCAAAAGGGGGGCGGGAAUUGUAAUACAGAGAAAUAUAUGGAUGAACUAGGUAUAACAAGGUUACAUAUGGUCAUAUAUAUAUAUACGAAUAAUGAAACAAUCAGAGUAGCGCAAGUCCGUGACAAAGAAUGAGGAAAUGAUACAUACAUACAACAGGCAAAUUAAAAAUAACAUAUGGGGGGUUGAGGAGAGAUACGGAAGGGCAGCGGGGAUCGGAAACUGAGACAGACGAAGACAAUGCGAUAAAUACGAAAGCUUCUUCAAGCUGCUUGAUCGACGAAUUCAUCAUGCAUAUUGUGUUCACGGAGCGUCUGAAAAUCGAGCGAAUCGUAGGUAUUGAGGGGGUAGUUUACACCGUACAUGUCGAGAGGAUCCUGGGGGAAACACGCUGGUUCAUAUUUUGAAGGCUGAGAACUACUGAAAUCAUCCUGUUGAAUAUUUGGGACGGCCAUCCCAACCGUAUUCAUGUCCCAUACACCAUGCGAUAAGUCUACAUUGUCCUGAAGAGGAUAGUCGGACAGGAAAGUCUGGGAGACUGGCGAAGAGGACGAUGAGUCCGAGGACACAGGGGUGUAGAGGUCAAUGCACGAAUUGCUGUUGGGUACACUGUACAACAUCUGUUGCGAGUCGGGUGUGGGUAGGUAUACGUUCAUCAUGUUGGAGUCGACAAAUGAGGAUAAAGACUGCUGGUUGACAUCCCCCUCGAAAUCAUUUCUGUAAGACGAAGAGGCCGGAGGCAAGUCCAACGAGAGGCCUGGAAGGCUGGGGGACCUCGACAUUUUAUGAGAGCUUGAGAGUGGUAGCCCGCCGCCGCCGUGAUGGACGUCGUAUGAUGUCUUGGUUGUAUUACUUGUAAGAGU